UCUCAUUUGAAUUCUCAGGCCAUACCAGAUUCUCAGGAGAGAAGCUCUCCAGUGCUCCCGGACAAUGGCAGGGAAAAAGGUCCUGAUAGUCUAUGCACAUCAAGAGCCCAAGUCCUUCAACGGAUCUUUGUUGAAGAUUGCUGUGGAAGAAUUGACCAAGCAGGGCUGCAGUGUCACGGUGUCGGAUUUAUAUGCAAUGCAGUUUGAGCCAAGAGCAACAAGAAAUGACAUUGUUGGUCGCUUGCACAACUCGGAAGCGUUCAAUUAUGGUGUGGAGACGUGGGAAGCUUACAAGAGGGGAGGUUUGUCCAAAGAUCUGGUUGAAGAGCAAAAGAAGGUGCAGGAAGCAGACUUGCUGAUUUUUCAGUUUCCCUUGUUUUGGUUCAGCAUGCCUGCGAUCCUGAAGGGCUGGAUGGACAGAGUCUUGGUCCAAGGCUUUGCUUAUGAUUUGUCCAAGAGUUAUGACGGUGGUUUGCUCCAGGACAAAUUAUCCCUGUUUUCUUUCACCACUGGAGGAAACAAAGAAAUGUAUUCAAAUGGAGGUAUCGGUGGUGAUAUUCGCUAUGUUCUGUGGCCCAUGCAGCAUGGAAUCAUGCACUUCUGUGGUGUCAAAGUCCUUGAACCUCACAUCUGUUAUGCUCCAGAGAAUGUCUCUGAGGAGAAGAGGAAGGAGAUGCUGACUGGCUGGACCCAGCGUCUGAAGACUCUUUGGAAGGAAGAACCCAUAAACUGCUCUCCUGAGUGGUAUUUCAAGUAGUGUUCAGCUACAAGACUACAGAGAGAAGAUCAUUUUUCUCCAUUCUUUUGGAUGCUCUAUCUAAAUACCUGAAUGCUAAUCUCCUAAUUCAAAUGUAUUUUAAGAAUCUGGAAUACAGCAGCUAGCAGCUUAACUGAAAAUAUAGCAUUUAUCUUCAUUGA